GUAAAUGAAAUCCUGUCAAUCUUCUGAAUGUCAUGUUUAAAAUAAAUAAAUAAAUAAAUGAAUGCGACGGAUUAGCUGUGUCGGCUAACAACAGUACGAGACCCUAGCGUGGGCCGCAUCCUAAACGGCUGAGUGCUGACUACAUAAGUGCACUACGUAGGGUAUGAGGUCAUGGAUUCUGCGCCAAGCCUAGUGCACUAUAUGUGUAACAGACAGCCGUUUGAAAUUCAGCCAUAAUGCUAGCUGGUAAAGGAGUUGAUGUGGCAGUCAGGGGGAGUUUGUUAAGCUGAUUUUGUUUCAGUUUCGCCAUAAAACAAACAAAUAGACAGUGAGACGUAUCAAAGUACAAAUAAUAACUCCUGAUAUUUAUAUGUAACAAACCAAGAAAACACUUUUGGAUUGUUUUGUUGAAGGUGUUCUAGCUGCUUGGACUACAGUAAUUCAUCGAUGAUGAGUUUUCAUCAGAAAUUAAAGUGGAAGGCUCCUGCAAACUGCUAUCUUUGACACAAAGGAGGAAGGAUCGAAGCCUGAGGAUCACAACCUUUCCAGAAAAAGGCACCAUGACUGCCGAGGAGUCAGGCAACGAGGUGGACGUGUGGUCCUCCAUCCGCUGCCUGGGUUACCUGUCCAGCGUAAACCUGCUGGUGGCUGUGUGUCUGGGAAUGUAUGUACGAUGGGAGCACACCUCCGAACCUACAAUCCUGGUCAUCUUCAUUCUAGGUCUCUUUGUCUUGGGCCUCUCCAGCAUCCUCUAUUAUUACUUCUCCAUGGAGUGGGCCAGCCUGAGCCUGUUCCACCUCUGGUUCGGCUUUCUGCAGGGCCUCCUGUGCUUCCUAAACAGCUCUUCUCUGGAGAACGAUGUGAAGGAGCAAGUGACAAACUACCUGCUGCUGGCCAGUGUGGCCAUGCGCUCUCUGUGGGCGCUGACGGACCGCCUGUGUGGCAGCGCCAGCUUCCGGAGAGUCGUACUCACAUCAGCCGAGGCUCUCGAGCUCCUGGGUUUUGCCAUAGCCAGCACCACUAUGGUCCUUUACAAGUCAGCGGCAAUCAUCGCCCUUCUGGUAGCUCUAGGCACCAUUAUUGUAGACCUGCGCAUGAAGUCUCUCUUGGCUCUCCCCAAUCUCAUAUGCUUUUCCGUAGUCACCUCCAUCACCUUCUUCCAGGCUCUAAAUGUCCAGGCUAACCCGUUUGCCCUGGGCUGUUACCUGGGACGGCUCAUUUGUGAACCCCUGCUAGACGUUUACUUCAGCAGCCUAUCGGUGACUGAGCGCUGGAUGCCCUUUCUGUCAGCGGGCAGGCUGUUACGAAGGCUCUCUCUCUUCCCACUGAGCAUUGUCGAGCUCAUGUUCUUUGUGCUUUGUGCCCUGAAACUGGGACACCUGGAAUUCUGGUACCUCGUUAUCCCCGGAUUUUGUGUGUUCGGUCUCUUCUGGGUGCUUUGCCACAUGGUGUUCCUGGUCACGCUUUGGGGCUUCCACACCAAGCUGAGCGAGUCCCAGAAGGUUCAGGCUGCCCAGCGCUCAGACACACGCAGUCUAGACAGGAUCAUGGCCUCCAGGGGGGUGCGCCAUUUCUGCCUCAUCUCUGAACGCCUGCUGUUUUUCUGCCUGCUCUCGACUGUCAUUCUGGGGGCGGUGUCCUGGCAGCUCUCUAAUGCACUCUUCAUGAGCAUGUUCCUGGUGGUGCUCUCACUGGAGUCUCUAGCACAUGGGCUCUUCCAUGAGUUGGGCACCUGUCUGGGAGGGACGUGUGUGGGCUAUGCAGUGGUUAUUCCAACCAGUUACUGCAGUGCGGAUGGUCAGCCGGUACUACUUCCUCCGGAGCAGGUGCAGGAGAUGAACCUGCGCUCCACUUCAACACUCAACGCCGUCCAGCGCCUUUUCUCGCACCACCUAAUCCAGACAUUUGGCUGUGACUACUCCACCAGCGGACUGAGCCUGGACACAUUACAGGCCAAACUGCGCUCCUUCCUGGAGCUGCGCACUGCCGAUGGCCCCCGGCACGACAACUACCUCAUCUACUACAGCGGACGCACUUUGCCCACAGGAGACUGGGCUCUUUCAGGUGGGGAAUGCCUGCGCCUGGUACAGAUCCUCGAUUGGUGGAAGGAGCGCAACGUUGGCUUCUCCUCCCGCCUCAUCCUGGUGCUGGAUACAGAGAACUCUGGGCCUUGGGUAAAGGCUGUGCGGAGGGUGGAGGGGCUUUACGUGGCUGUGCAGGGAGCUGAAAUGAAUUCAGCAGGGGAUGCAGAGAGCCAAGACGCCCCUCGGCUGGGAGACUUCACCUCGGAGUGGGUGGAGUACAACUGUGAACCAGAGAGUGGCGUUCAGUGGGCGGAGCGAGGGCGUCUCCUCACGGCCAUGUACGGCGUGUCCAAAUGUUGGAGUGACUACAGGCUCCACUUGCCGACUGGCAGUGACGUGGAAAAGCACUGGAAGACCCACUUCCCCCGUGUCACUUACCCGCUGGUGGCUGUGGCUAACUGGUGCUGUGGGCUGAAUCUGUUAUGGCUGUGCGGUGCCUGUCUGCGCUGCUUCAGGAGGCUCAAACUGGGCUGGUUUCCUCCCGCUGUCCUCGACACAGGACAGGGAAUCAAACUUGUUCGAUCAUAGAUCUGAACUACGAUCUCUGUAACAUACUGACAUAACAUGCGCCUUAUUUUAUGUACCUUUUCUUCUGUUGGUUUAAAUGCUCAUUAGGCUUAAUUUUGGUUUCUUGGCCAGCUAUGGAGGUUAUUGUGCACUUCAUGGUCUAAUUUUGUUGUCUGCAUGCCCUUUACCCUUGCAGUACUCUUUUUCUGGACCCAGAGAUGCACUGAUAAGGAAAUUCUGAGCCAGUACUGGUAAUUUGUCUACCAGCAACAUUGCUUAGAUCUAUUACCUAGAAAAUAAACGUUAAUGAAACAGGCAUAGCAACUUAAAUAUAGUUAAGGUAAGGAUUUCCUCUCUGCGUUUUGCGUAGUUUACUUUAAUUAAUAAGCUUUUAUGCUCAUAACUAUAAGUGUAUCCACUAAUUUGGAACAAAACAGUUCAUUAUAUUCAUACUAAAUGUCAGUGACGUUACAAUAUUGAGUCUGUACUGUGUGCUUAUUUUAGGCUAUUAUCAUCGUUUUUCUAAGAGUGCCAAAUUUUCUUCUCUCAAGCUAGCUUUUUAAGUGCCUUUGACUUUCUGCUUCCAUGUGAACAGGUAAAAAAAAAAAAAAGGUGGUUAUUUGAGUUUAAAGUGCCUCUUUGAAUGAGCAGUUGUGGACUCUGAAUUAUGCUGUAGGAAACCUAUAUUUAGUUCAUGAAGCCUAUUUUGUCUCUCUGAUGACACAUUUAGCAAAACAGGAAUUGAGAUUUGAUUGGUGUGUGUCACGUAGUGUGUAUCUCUGACUGCCCAUCAGUUCCUCACUUCAUUGAAUGAUCUUUGGCAUUGGGUGCUGGCUCUAACUCUGAGCCAGUGGCUUUUUCACGGUAUGGAAACACACAUGCUUUGUACAGGUUUUGGUAUUUCAGUUAUUGUAUUCUCUUAUGACAUGAAUAAAUGUUUUAUGUAAACAUUUUUCAUCCAGUGAAUUAAGAUAAUUACAGUGUUGAAUGCUUACUAUUUAUAGGUGCAAAAGCAUCAUUAGUUCAUCCUCUCCAUUAAUGCAUGAGCAAAUUUUGUCCUAAUACAGUACAGUACACAUGCAGUGUUGUUGCAGUGCAAAUAUAGUAUUUCAGUUUUGGAGACCAGGACUGAUGAAACCCUCAGUCUGUGUAUUGUUUUUUUUUUUUUUUUUUUAGGGACAGUGACUGAAGACUUGUUUAUUUGCUCAGAGCUGCAUGUAAACACGCCUUGAGGCAAUGCUUUUAAGGGCCCUGUUAAUGCUUUUUUUAUAGUUCAGGACAAGAGGUCUGCAAAUAGCUAUUCCCCGGAGGCUCUAUUUUUAAACAGCAUGGUGGGAGUCGGGGUUUCUGCAAAUCUAAAAUGUAUACCCUUGAGUCGAUUGUCAGUGUGUGUUUUUAUUAGCGGCAGUCCCCAGCCGCCCAUGUGAAAUAAAGCCAGUGUUUUCUCUUUCAUUAUCCAUGACUGGGGACUGUAGCAGUAUUGGCUAAGGUGAGUAACUCAUGCAUACAGCUGAAAUCAUUUAUGAGAAGUUUAUAUUAAGAGAUGGCUUGAUCUCCUAAACCAGAUUAGGUAAUAAAACAAAGCUCCUUGUCAGACAUGGACAAAUGCUGAAUCAGGUUCUGUCAAUCACAAACUCCUAAGGGAUUAGAAUACACAGUUUUUGGGAGCAUGCUUUUGUCAGUUUUCUUCAGUGGUAGGUCGUCCAACAUAAACUACACUGGACUAUUUUUUUUUUUUUUCCCCAAUCACAAAAACUUGCCCUUUUAACAGUGGUUUGUAGACUUUUUAUGUAUGUAUACUUAUUUCAUAAAGAAGAAUUUGGCAUAAGUAUUUGGACAGUGACACACUUUUCAUCAUUUUGCCUUCGUAAACUACCACGGUGGAUUUGAAAUGACUUUCAGCUUCAAUUCAAGGGGUUUAACAGAAAUAUUGCAUUAACAGUUUAGGAAUUACAGCCAUUUUUUUUUUUUACAGAGUCCCUCCAUUUUCACACACUCAAAAGUACUUGGACACUUGACAGUUUCAUGGCCAGGUGUGGCAUGUUUCCUCAUUAUUUCUGGACUUGAUUCCAAGCAUUGAAUUUGUAUUUGGUAGCUGUUCAUGGGAACUCUCAAUAUGUGGUCUUGUCAAUGCAAGUGAAGGACACCAUCAUUAUGAUUAAAAAAAAAAAAAAAAAAAACAGACCUAUCAGAGAGACAUCAGAAAGUUUAGGAGUGAUUUUUUAAUAUUUGAUAAAGAUAUCCUUAUAAUUGCACACACUUACGUAUACACACACGCACAAACACACAUACCCUGACCCAUUAACUACAGUAUGUCCCCAAUCAUUAAAUGCAUACAAACUACACAUUAACACCUUUUAACACAUACAAUCAUAAUUUUUUCUCACCUUUUUUAUCUUUUCUAUACUCUGUCACUUGCUGAUUCCCUCUCUCCCUCGCUAUACAUAUAUAUAUACACACACACACACACACACACUAGAUGACUGGGUCAGAGCAUCUCCAAAACAGCAGGUCUUGUGGGGUGUUCCCGGUCUGCAGUGGUUAGUACCUACCAAAAGUGGUUCAUCACACUCAUAUGUGUGGUUGAGGUCAGGGCUCUGUGCAGGAAACUCAAGUUCUUCAACACCAACCUUGGCAAACCAUGUCUUCAUGGAUCUCAGUUUGUGUCCAUUCACAUUUCCAUAUAUUUUAAAUUCUACUGAAGUAUUAAUUACUUCUUUUGAGUGACUGAUUUUUAAAAACUGUUGCUAUUUGACAGAUAUAAGCUGAUGUCCCAUUGAUUUGAUCGCUUUUCUAGAUGUUGUGCACUCGUGGGGCAGCGCAGUCACUGCCCUACUUACUGUAGCUUCCAUAGAGUUAUUAGUGCACCUGGUGGUUAAAAUAGAGAAUUGCAACUAGUGCUAAUAGAAGCCCACUGGGGCAGGAAUCAUGCUGUCCCAUGCUCCUUCUAUGAACAUUUUCAGUCGAGGAGGAGUAGGGGACAGGACAGUUAGUGAUAGGGUUGCCAGGGUUGCUGUUUUUCACCAAAUUGGGCUAGUUUAAAACACUCUAUGGCUGCCAAGAUCUUCUGUUAUAGCAAAUAAUCUGAAUCAUAUCUAAUACAUUUCUGGCAAACAAAGGCAAAGUGUAAGUAUAGACAGUGUAUCUACAAUGUACGGAACCAUUUCUAUUGCAAAGCUUGGGAUAGGGAAAGGGGGAUUUUGGAGUGGCUGAUGUUCAUACAUCAUGCGUGUGCAUCAUACGAAGGCUGAGGAAAAAGAAAAUGUUUGUCCCUUUUCCAGUAUCUGAAUUUUUGGGGCUAGUUUCAGGUCUAGUGGUUUUAUAUAUAUAUAUAUAUAUAUAUAUAUAUAUAUGUGUGUGUGUGUGUAGUGGAGUAAUCCUGGUUAAUGAUAUUAGCUCUACUGUGUCUCACACUAUCAAAGUGGAGACAGGAAACACAUCUGCUAUACUGAACACAGUUGAACAAAGGUAUGCUGGAAGACAGUAUGUUGUCGACUCUCAACUGCCUAUUACAGGGCUACUCUAAAAAUUCACUAGAUAGUAGCUUAUAGCAUAAGUCAAGUGUGAUAGCCUCUCGACUUAAUUUUGUUUGAGGCUUUGUUAUUAAACUUGUCCUUCCUCACCAAAAUCUAUAAUGGGCUGCUGUUUUUUUGCAUCCUAUUUUUAUUAUUAAUCAAUAUGCAGUUGUCAGAACCGAAUUAUCAUGUUUUGUAUUAUUCUGCAGUCGGGUUAUUACAAUAGUGUAGGCAGUAUGAAGUGUUUCUAGAGUUUUCUAGAAGAACUGGUCAUACAGAUACUGAAAAGU